AUGUCUUUGCUCAGGCCAACGGCAGAUGGCGUACCAGUGCAGAAGGAUGGAGAACAGCAUGGACGUUCAGAGUUUUCAUGGGAAGGAAUCAAUCUGUCUAUGGAGGACACAACAUCGAUCUUGCCACGGUUGAAGAGGAACUCAAAUGCAUACGGGAUCGGGGCAUUGGCUAAGUCCUCUCUGUCAGGUGUGUCAGGAGUCUCCCGGACCAUGAAGGAGAGGGUCACCAAACCCACGGCCAUGGCUCAGGGCCGCGUGGCACACAUGAUCGAGUGGCAGAACUGGGGCAUGACGACGGUGGGGGGUCCACAGGCUCGCAUCAACACCCAGGAGGAGGAGAAGGCACGGCGGCUGGAGAACGACGCCUACAGCGACCUGAGCGAUGGGGAGAAGGAGGCGCGCUUUGCUGCAGGCAUCUUGCAGCAGUUUGCGAUUUCACAAGCGACUCUCAUGGCCUGGACGUCUAUGGACGGAGAAAGUCCAAGGUCGGGGUCCAACCAAGGGAGCGUCGCACAUCUGAGUGAAAUCAACCAGGAGAGCAUCACCAGCCGAGAUCAGAUUUUGCAGCACACAGCGGCGGAGGUUUGGCCACACUCCUACGUCUCACAGGGACACUACUGCCUGUCGUCUUCUGAGGCCUGGGACCCCAUCAACUCCAACUCCUCUGCUGUGACCUCUCCUCCGACCGGCUCUUUCGUCAUGGGGCCUGAGGGCUACGAGGGACAGGGCACGCACUUCCUGCAGCAGCAGCCGUUCAGCCUCCAGCAGCAGAACCAGCUCCAGCAGUUGCAGCAGCUGCAGCACUACCAGCAACAGCAGCUGCUGCAGUACCAGCAGCAACAGUUGCAAAGCGCCAACCACUCGUUACAAGCGACGCCCAACAGCACCAUCCACAGCCUGGUGCAGCAGGUGCACCCGCCGCUGGUCGACCUGUGGAAUACGGGGCAGAUGGAGGCGUUCCAAGCAGAGGCUGGGGGAUUCAUGGGGGUGUCAGCUUUGGUGGAGCCCGGCCUGUGCGCGCCCUCAGGGGACGAGAUGGUGGGAAGUGUGGGCAGUGAACAUUCUCCACUGCUGGAGCAGCAGGAGGAAGAGGAGGAGGUCAAGGAGGAAGAGGUGACACUGUGCAUGGAGCCGGAGACCGCAACAUUGACCCCGCCCACACACCAAGGGGACGCCUCGGGGGGCAGUAGUCCGGGACAACCACCCUGUGAGCCAAUCACAGAGAGGCAAGCCUGUGAUGUCAGGGGGCUCAGUCAGGCGCAGGAGCCGGAGGGGGAGGGGCCGGCCGGGACGAUGAACUGA